GCGGCUUAUGUACCAGAACCGGUUGCGGGAUUUAUCAAACAAAACCACAAGCUUCACUGCUGCGCCUCUGGAUCUUCAGCAUGACAAGUCCACACGGCACGCGAGAAAAAAUAAAAUCGCCGGUUGGCACUUCUUACAUGAUAAUUGUCCCUGCCCUUGAAAACAUUGCAUCCCUUGCUACAUACUCGUGCACACCUCACACCAGAUUCGCGCAAUCCAACCUAACGCGAUCUCUACCAGCCGAAACGUUUUAACCUAGCUAUCACCAGUCGCAGUCCCCCAACAUGUGGAAACCACCGAUAAACUUCAUCACGCUCCAUUACGCGUACAUCAUCAGCUUUGGCAUACUUGGAAUAAUCAUCCUUUUUCCGUACGGCAAUCUUUCUGCCAUCGACUCGUACUUCUUUGGCGUCAGCGCAUCUACCGAGUCUGGACUGAACACUGUCGAUGUGAAAGCGCUCAAGACCUACCAGCAGAUUUUCAUCUACAUUACCCCAAUCAUAACGAACUUAGGCUGUAUCAAUAUUUUUGUGGUAGUGGUCAGGCUACGAUGGUUUAGCAAGCGGUUCAAAGACCUCGCGACGACGAAGCCGAAUGCGCUUCGAGAGAGUCAGAAACAGGCUGUCCUUCAUCAUGCCGACACAAGGAACAUGGAGGGCGGUCUCACAGGCGAGACUGUGGCGCCUAGGAAUGAGUCCUCGGGACCAACCGAUGACAAAAGAUCUGUUGUCGCUUCAGAGCCUCUCGGAGAACGAUUGCCGCAGAUCUCGUUCGCUCCCGAUCCGCAACGCGAAGGCUUGUCCAGAAAGGGCACCUACAUCCCAGGGCCCCGAGAGCGUGAAGGUCAACCAAUCAGUUCCAUGUCAGAUGAUGAUGACGAGGACGCAAUCAAACUCACAUCUGCCACAGCGGACUCGAGCAGAGCGAUGGGUCGCAGUUUGUCUCGAACACGCAGCUUCAGUCGGACACGCAGCUUCAGCAAGGCCACAUCUAUGGACCGAGCGGUAUCAUCCAUCUUUGUGCUCGGUAGAACACCCAGCCGCUCAAGCGACGAGAGGUCGAGGGUGUCAGAGCCCAUCAACUUAGCUUCUUUGAGCUAUGAGGAGCUAGGUGGCGUCGAAUACAGCGCAUUGAGAGUGCUAUUGAAGAUCGUAGCUGGCUACUUCCUUGGUCUGCACCUGCUUGGCGUACUGUUCCUGUUGCCAUGGAUCUGGACCGCGAACCCAAAGUACCGGGAGUACCUCCACUCGCAAGGUCAAGACAACACUUGGUGGGCCUUCUACUCUUCGCAAACGAUGAUCUCCAACCUUGGCUUCACCCUCACGCCUGACAGCAUGAUCAGCUUCCGUGACGCAGUCUGGCCCAUGCUAGCCAUGAGUUUCUUGGCUCUGGCCGGCAACACCUGUUACCCAUGCUUUCUGCGGCUCCUGAUCUGGACAAUGCACAAGCUUGCUCCAGAGGCAUCCUCCCUGAAGCUGUCACUGCAAUUCCUGCUUGAGCACCCACGACGAUGCUACACUCUCCUCUUUUCGAGCACCGCGACCUGGACACUUGCUGCCAUACUUUUUGUGCUCAAUUUCGUCGACACCCUCCUCAUCAUCACCUUAGACCUCGACAAUCCAGAAGUCAAUGCCCUCCCCGCUGGCCCGCGUGUAGCGGCAGCACUUUUCCAAGCCGUGUCUGCCCGACACACUGGCACAGCGACAUUCAACCUUGCGAGCAUCAAUCCCGCGAUUCAGUUCAGUCUCAUGGUGAUGAUGUACAUCUCAGUGUACCCUAUCGCGAUGGCGAUCCGAUACAGCAGCGACUACGAGGAUGGUACGAUUGGCCUCUAUCAUGGAGAUGAGAACAUCGAUGAGAGAAAGGGGAGUAAGACGUACCUCAUCACGCACAUGCGGAACCAGUUGAGUUUCGAUCUGUGGUAUGUGUUUAUGGGUGUAUUCUGCAUCUGUGCGGCGGAGAGCAAGAGGAUUAUGAAUCCUGAUGACCCUGCAUUUUCGGUGUUCUCAAUCUUCUUCGAGGUCGUCUCUGCAUACGGCAACGUUGGACUGUCGCUCGGAUAUCCAACGAAUUUGACGAGUCUGUGUGGUCAUUUUACUGUGUUCAGUAAGCUGGUCAUCUGCGCUAUGAUGAUCCGUGGGAGACACAGGGGCCUUCCGUAUGCGCUUGAUCGCGCUAUCACGUUGCCGAGUGAUCGUAAAGAGGAUGGCGAGGCGAGGUAUAGGGAUGAAGGUGGAUCAGAUGUGAAGCAGCAGGAAAGCGCUGUGAAACACUAGAAACGCGACUGUCGAUUGAUGACCCUAAUAUCACCGGACAGUGAGUGACACUGACGAACUUUAUUGGGUAGUCUAAAAAUCCGAACACAAGUUUAUGCUGAUGCUUGCCGAGCUGAAUGAAGCCGUUCAAAGUUAUGAGAGUAUCACAAAGCUCAGAAGCAUGGACAUAGUAAAUGACGCCUGAUGCAGACAUUCAAUUGUGGGUUUGCGUACGUCCCUUUAUUCACCACUGGGUGUUUAAUACAUGCACAGAACGUCGUCAACGGCUCAGAAUCAAAGCUGUUCUUGGAACAGAUGCCUGGUGUUUCUCUUCCAUCAGAAGAUGAGGUAUGGCUGAUGACGGCUUCCAUAAAUACUAAGGACUAGCUAGUAUUCGGCUUGUUGACAUCGAUGAAGCCAGUUGUGUGACUUCCACCGGUAGACAGGCCUUCGGUGUUAAGCCACCAGAUCGAUUCUAUUGUGC